GAGCCCCAAACCCUACUCGAGUCAGAGCAGCCUCCACCGCCAGCGCCGACAGUUGAAGCUCCGCUUCGACCUUCCGCGCUUCUCCGGCCAUGGCUGAACCCGAAGUGGAGGUGGCCGCAGCCACAGAGAUGGAAACCGAGGCACCUGCAGCAGCUGGUCAGAAGAGGGAGCGGGAGGAAGGAGGUGAUCCUGCUGCUGAUGGCGGCGAGGCGGCGGCGGAGGAGGCGGCGGCGGCUAAGAAGCCGAAGGUGGAGGAGGAGGCCAAGGAAGCAGAGGAAGCGGAGGAGGGGAAGGCAGAGGAGGUGGAGGAGGGAAAGGCAGAGGAGACAGAGGGGAAGACAGAGGAGGCGAAUGAGGAGAAGGCAGUGGAGGCGGAUGGCAAGCCUGUGAAGCUGGGGCCGAAAGAGUUCGCCUCGGCCGUCGAGAUGUUCGACUACUUCUUCGCUCUGCUCCACUCCUGGACGCCGCAGCUAGAGUUCAAUAAGUAUGAACAAUUGGUGCUGGAGGAUUUGCUGAAGAAAGGCCAUGCUGACCCUGCCAAGAAGAUUGGGGCAGGAGUCGAAGCAUUCGAGAUACGCAACCACCCGGUGUGGCAAAGCCGCUGCUUCUUUGUCCGCAGGACUGAUGGAUCUGCGGAUGACUUCAGCUUCCGCAAAUGCGUCGACAACAUACUGCCUCUCCCUGAGGACAUGAAGAUCGGCAAUGGCAAGAAGUCUGGCGGCCACCACAAGGGUGGCGGCGGAGGGGGGCAGGGAGGUGGAGGACGCGGGGGCGGAGGCCGUGGCGGCUGGCGCGGUGGGCGCGGCCGGGGCAGGAGGGGAGGGUAGGAUCUUGACAGACCCUGCAGUUUUGCCCGGUUAAUAAUACUGGGGUGGUCGUGGAAACGAAGGCAUUUAUAUUAUUAUUAUGUGAUGAGAUGACUGUCCUAGAGACCGAUGCCGGACUCUGUGUACCUUGCAACUGGGAUAUGAUGAUCCACGCCGAGUGCUUUGCCGUGUGAUGUUGUUAAUC